CAUCACUGAGCAUGCACUCGGGUUCCAUGUCUCUUCUGGGCUAUCCUGGGGAUUGCAGUGGCACAUCCUACAGAACUCACUGUUAUGUCCCUGUGACUUCUUCUGUUGCUCUUUGCUCCAGUGAUGUAAGCCCUACCUUCGGGAUCUGCUUACCCAGUAGCUACCAAGGAAAUCUAUGGCUUCUGGACAACUGCCAAGAAACCUAUGGUGAAGCACCAAGCUGCGACUCUCCCAGUUGUGAGCCCAAGAUCUGCACCACAAGUUGUGACCCAUCCAACUCCUGUGUGCCCUGCAACUCUCCAACGGUGGGAAAAGUAUGCAAUGCCUGUGAAACUACCAACAUUGGACCCAGCCCCAGCUGCAGCCCAUGCACUCAGACCAAGGGGUAUGUAUCCAAUUGCUACACAUCCAGCCAAUGUACAUCUAAAGCUUGCCAGACCAUCAGCAAUGGCUUCAAAUGCUGUGGACAACUUAACUGCUUAUCCAAGAAUUUCCGACUCCUAAACCACUGCAGAUUGGGUAGUUUGGGGUAUAGAAGCUACCAAAAUCUUGGCUUCAUACCCAGUGGCUUCUCACCAUCAUGUCAUAUCACCAGCAGAUGCCAAUCCCAAAAUUAUUUAACAAGAAAUUGCCAAUACCCAUGUUAUGGGCCCAUAAGCUGCCAACCGCUGAGCUAUUUUUCUAGAAAUUUCCGGUCUCUGAGCUGUAUACCAAGUACCUUCCCUCCUCUGAGGUAUUUAUGCAGUGGCUGCAGAUCUCUGAAUUACUAUUGAUCAACUUAUUGCAUUUAUAGCUGCUGGAAAUUGUCCAAGGGGGCAGAUUUUACUAAGUAGUCACUUUCUCCAAUAUUCUGCUGAAUUACUUCAUGUGUCUUAAGACUCUUACUCAUUAACUUCAAAUAUAACUUCAGGACUUAUUAACCACAACCAUUAUCAUCUGCUGGCUUUUUUCUGUUGCUCUGUUAAUGCCCUUUGUGCUGAAGGCUCACCUUGAAGGUAGUAUUACUGUUUCUGAGAUUAACCAUGAUGAACACACUGAAGAGAUUCCACAUGAAAUGCAACCAUUGCCAGGUUUGUAAUUUGGGCUAUCACUGUCACUUGUCUACCAAUGUGAUUAUCACCUACCUUUCUUGAUGAAUUGGAGCCUCCUUGUUUUGACUGCUGAUUCCAGCACAUUAUUUCAGAUCCUUUUACUUUCUACCAAUAGUUUCGUCAACUGCCUAACUAGCAAGCUUGCUACCAAGCUAAGACAUAACAUUCUUCUAAACGUACUGAGUUGGGCCAUUUCAUCCUUCCCCCACUGACUGAUUAUAAGGAUGUGCAAACAGCAAUGUCCAACUAGAGUUCAAAAUCAGAAGACCUUGAGCAAAUCUUCUCUUCCAAGGAAGCCAUGAAACAGAAUUGACUGGCACUCAGCUUUUGUGCUCAAUGCCUCGGAGAGAGCCUCAGAAGUGGCAGAAGCACAAAAAUUGUUUGUUGAAAGAAUAACAAAAUACCCUUAUAGAUUCCUUAUGAUUAGUGAUAAUCUAUGUUCAGGAUUCUGUUAUAAUCCUCCCCUGAUGAAUUAUUCCUUUCUGAUUCCAGAAAAGGUCCUGGCUCCUACCUAAUAAAUUUCUUUUCAGAAAUAA